UCCUCUUCUUCUUUCCUUCAAACCCUUCAAAAACCCCCCAAAAUAAAAAACCAUUUCUCUCUCAAAUUCCAAACCCUUCCAUGGGAAUCAAUUCCAAUCGAGUUGAAAAUUUGGAAUGUCGUGAAACGGUGUUGACAAUUCCGGCGGAGGCAAUGCCGGCGCCGCCUCAACCGGAGGUGGAGAUUCAUAAAGUCUGUUUGCCUCCUAAACAAACUACGUUUCAGAAACUCAAGCACAAGUUAUCGGAGGUGUUCUUCCCUGAUGAUCCGUUACAUAGAUUCAAGAACCAAACGUGGCUUAGAAAAGUGCUUUUAGGCCUUCAAUUUCUGUUCCCUGUUUUUCAGUGGGGCCCUGAUUAUAACCUCGCUCUUUUCAAGUCUGACAUCGUUUCUGGUCUUACAAUUGCUAGCCUUGCUAUUCCCCAGGGAAUAAGCUAUGCGAAACUUGCAAAUUUGCCUCCAAUCAUCGGAUUAUAUUCAAGUUUUGUGCCUCCACUGAUAUAUUCUAUCCUUGGGAGUUCUAGACAUCUUGCUGUUGGGCCAGUAUCGAUUGCCUCUUUGGUCAUGGGAUCGAUGAUUACUGAGGCAGUUUCUUAUAAUGAACACCCAACUCUGUAUCUUAAGUUGGCUUUUACAGCUACUUUCUUUGCUGGUGUAUUCCAAGCAUCUUUAGGCUUGUUAAGGUUAGGCUUUGUGAUUGAUUUUCUGUCAAAGGCUACCUUAGUUGGCUUUAUGGCUGGUGCAGCAGUCAUUGUGUCAUUGCAACAACUCAAAGGGUUGCUUGGAAUUGCCCAUUUCACCACCAAAAUGCAAUUUAUUCCUGUCAUGUCUUCUGUUUUCCACCGCAAAGAUGAGUGGUCCUGGCAAACUAUUGUUUUAGGCUUCAUUUUCCUACUGUUUCUCCUGGGAACAAGACAUAUAAGCAUCAAGAAACCAAAGCUUUUCUGGAUUUCAGCAGCAGCUCCACUGACAUCAGUUAUUUUGUCCACUAUUUUAGUCUUCUUGCUCAGAACAAAAUUUCCUGGAAUCUCAGUGAUUGGUAAUUUGCCAAAGGGUGUCAAUCCUCCAUCUCUGAACAUGCUUUACUUUACUGGUCCUCAAUUGGCACUUGCCAUUAAAACUGGCAUUAUAACUGGAGUUCUCUCGCUCACUGAAGGAAUUGCCGUAGGAAGGACGUUUGCUGGUCUGAAAAACUAUCAAGUGGAUGGGAAUAAGGAAAUGAUGGCUAUUGGUUUUAUGAACAUGGCUGGAUCUUGUUCUUCAUGCUAUGUCACUACAGGAUCAUUUUCUCGGUCUGCUGUGAAUUACAAUGCCGGGGCACAAACAGCAGUUUCAAAUGUUGUGAUGUCUGCAGCUGUGCUUAUAACAUUGUUGUUUCUGAUGCCACUGUUCCAUUAUACUCCAAAUUUCAUCCUAGCAGCCAUCAUCAUAACAGCAGUAAUUGGAUUAAUUGAUUACCAAGCAGCCUGUAGGUUGUGGAAAGUUGACAAGCUUGAUUUUGUAGCUUGUGUUUGUUCAUUCUUUGGCGUUCUUUUCAUCUCGGUUCCACUGGGUCUUGCCAUUGCAGUUGGAGUCUCUGUUUUCAAGAUUCUUCUGCAUGUCACCAGGCCAAACACCAUGGUUUUGGGUAAUAUUUCUGGGACUCAUAUAUUCCAAAACCUUGAUCGAUACCGGGAUGCCUCAAGGGUGGCUUCAUUUCUCAUUCUUGCCAUUGAAUCUCCAAUCUACUUCGCAAAUUCAACAUACCUACAAGAAAGGAUUCUUAGGUGGGUUAGGGAAGAAGAAGAGCGGAUAAAAUCGACUGACGAUAGCCCACUGAAAUGUGUAAUCCUAGACAUGACAGCUGUGACAUCCAUAGAUACAAGUGGUAUAGAAACCGUAUGCGAGCUUAGGAAGAUAUUGAUGCAAAAAUCAUUGCAGUUCGUGCUAGCAAAUCCUGGUGGAAACGUGAUGGAAAAACUAUAUAAAUCAAAGGCAUUGGAACAGUUUGAGUUCAACGGUCUCUACCUCUCAGUUGGAGAAGCUGUGAAUGACAUUUCUUCUUUAUGGAAGAGACUGCCAUAACUUAUAUCUUCUUGAAGCUAUAUCAUAGAGGAGAGAGUCUGAAAGAAACAAACAGAUGACCGGCUGACAAGGAGAGUUCUUCCUUUUCCUAACAGGGUUAUGAAAACAUAUUCCACCCUUUAGCUAGCAAUCAGAAGAGGCGAUGAAAUGUUUUCAAUCCUUGUUUCCUUCUUGCUCUUUUCUUGACAAUGAAGCUAACAACCACCCACCAAUUUCUCACUUUGCAUUGUCUUAGUACAUACAAGCCAUCUCAGUUUUUAGUUUAGAGUCUAUUAGAUUUGGGGCAAAAGGCUAGAGAAACUUUUGCACUUUCAUUGUUACAUUAUUUACAAGUUUUUCUUUUUCAAGAAACCAGUCCAGAACAGUAAUUUAUUGCUUGUUCAAGACCAUAUACUAGAUGAAUAAUCCUCACUCUUCAUAAAAAAUUAAAGUUAAUGAGAUUUGGAGUUUAUUUACAACUUUA